AUCAGCUGCAGCUCAGGCACAAGAGUGCUAUUCGGAGGGGGCGGGGUCUGAUUCGCUGCAGAGAGAUGCCCUGCAGCUCCACGCUGGACCAACCAGUCUGGAAUUCCUCACAGCGCUCAAACGCUCGGUUCUCCACAGAUCUGACUCGCUCAUUUCUCUGUUUCCCAUCACUGCCAAGCUGAAGACCAUGUCCUCCAACCUGCCCCCAGCGACCGCUGCCGGGGCUAAAAACAAGCCCCUGUCCCCCUUUAGGAAGCGGGGCAGCCUGCAGUAUGCAGCCAGCACGGCUGAUCUCCGCGGGGCCCGCCACCUCCUCACUUCCCAGCAUUCCUUGCCUGGGAUCCCGGUGGCCCUGAAACAAUCCAUUGACCUGCGUACAUCCAUGGACGGGAAGUACAAGGAGAUUGCUGAGGAGCUGUUCUCACGCACUCUCGCUGAGAGUGAGAUGCGAAGCGCCCCUUAUGAAUUUCCAGAGGACAGCCCGAUUGAACAGCUGGAGGAGAGACGCCAGCGACUCGAGCGACAGAUCAGCCAGGAUGUGAAGUUUGAACCCGACAUCCUCCUGAGAGCCAAACAGGAGUUCAUGAAGACCGACAGCGCCACUGAUCUCGAAUACAUGAGGGAGCAGAGCCAAUCUCCUGACCUGCAGGAGAGAGAACCGGUCCCAGAGAAAGAGUACCAGCGAGUUGCUAUUUCUGGAGAGGAGAAAUGUGGGGUUCCCUUCACAGAUCUGUUGGAUGCAGCCAAGUGUGUGGUGAAGGCUCUGUUCAUCAGACAGAAGUAUAUGGGUCUGUCGCUGCAGAGCUUCUGCAGGACCACCGCUCGCUGCCUCCAGGAGCUGAGCGAGAGACCUCUGGAGUUGGACGUCUGUGAGGAGGAGAUCCCAGAGACCUCAGGCACUGCAGGUUUAAACGCAUAUGCCACAGGGCGCCCACCUGCUUCCGGAAAGCACCCCUACGAGAACCCGGACCCUGCCAGCAUGCCCCCCGACGCGGGCUACGGCUGCAAGAUGGUGGACGGCGUCAUGCACGUGUACACAACGAGGAGCGCUUUGGAAAAGGGCACCGAGCUGGACCUGCCGUACCCAGACCUGCAGGAGUAUAUCGCUGAUAUGAACGUGAUGAUGGCCCUCAUCAUCAACGGACCAGUAAAGUCCUUCUGCUACCGUCGCCUGCAGUACCUCAGCUCCAAGUUCCAGAUGCACAUUCUGCUGAAUGAAAUGAAAGAGUUGGCGGCCCAGAAGAAGGUCCCACAUCGCGACUUUUACAAUAUCCGUAAGGUGGACACACACAUUCACGCCUCAUCCUGCAUGAACCAGAAGCACCUCCUGCGUUUUAUCAAAAGGGCAAUGAAGAAGUAUCCUAAGGAUAUUGUGCAUGUAGAAAGAGGCAAGGGCCAGACGCUGAUGCAGGUGUUUGAGACCAUGAACCUGACGGCCUUUGACCUGAGCGUGGACACCUUGGACAUGCACGCAGACCGUAACACUUUUCAUCGCUUUGACAAGUUCAAUGCCAAAUACAACCCUAUUGGCGAGUCCAUCCUGAGAGAGAUCUUCAUCAAAACAGAUAACUACAUUGAGGGGAAAUACUUUGGACACAUUAUUAAGGAGGUGAUGGCAGACCUGGAGGAGAGCAAGUACCAGAACGUGGAGCUCAGGUUGUCCAUUUACGGACGCUGCAGGGACGAGUGGGACAAACUGGCCGAGUGGGCUGUAAAACAUCAGGUCUACUCCACCAACGUGCGCUGGCUGGUGCAAGUGCCCAGACUCUUUGACGUCUACCGCACAAAGAAACAGCUGUGCAACUUCCAGGAGAUGCUGGAGAAUAUCUUCACGCCUCUGUUUGAGGUCACAGUCAACCCGGGCAGCCAUCCAGAGCUGCACCUCUUCCUGCAGCACGUCGUGGGUUUUGACAGUGUGGAUGAUGAAUCCAAACCAGAGCAACAUAUCUUCAACCUGGACAGUCCGCUGCCAGGCAACUGGACAGAGGAGGACAACCCGCCCUACUCCUACUACCUCUAUUAUAUGUACGCAAACAUGACCGUGCUCAAUCACUUGCGCAGGCAGCGCGGCUUUCCCACGCUGGUCCUGCGUCCUCACUGUGGGGAGGCGGGUCCGAUCCAUCACCUGGUGUCUGGUUUCAUGCUGUCUGAGAACAUCUCCCACGGGCUGCUGCUCAGAAAGGCUCCUGUGCUGCAGUAUCUGUACUACUUGGCCCAGAUAGGUAUCGCCAUGUCCCCUCUCAGCAACAACAGCCUGUUCCUCAGCUACCAUCGUAACCCUCUCCCAGAGUACCUGUCCAGAGGCCUCGUGGUCUCUCUGUCCACCGACGACCCUCUGCAGUUUCACUUCACCAAGGAGCCCUUGAUGGAGGAGUACAGCAUUGCAGCCCAGGUGUGGAAAUUGAGCUCCUGCGACAUGUGUGAGCUGGCCAGAAACAGCGUGCUGAUGAGCGGCUUCUCUCAAAGGGUGAAGUGCUCCUGGCUCGGCCCAAAUCACACCAAGGAGGGGCAGGAGUGCAACGACAUCCGGCGCACCAACGUUCCCGACAUCCGCGUGGCGUACCGGUAUGAGACCCUGUGUGAGGAGUUAAAUUUAAUCACACAGGCGAUCCGCACAGACGAGCUGGAGACCAUCGAGGAAGAGGAAAGUCUGUGUUGGGCAGCUGGGCACGGGGAGAAGUGAACAGGCACCACAACACAAACACUCUCGGCGUUCCCUCUUUUCCCAUCGGGACUUUGGACAGUUUUGACAUAUCACACCUGGAGAAAAGAUACGAGCUUUAUGAGAGUUGCUACUGGCAGUACGAGAGAGGAUCUACUGUAUAAUUUGUGUACCCAAGGUCUUCACUUCCUUUAGUUUCUUUCCUCUUGAUCUGUCUUGUCAAUUUCACAAUGUCUCUCGAUGUAUUCAUUUAUAAACAUUGUGAUUUUUGUUUUCUGCACAGAUUUUGUAUUUCCUGUAACAAUCAUUUAAUAAUAUUGACAUUCAAGAUUGAACCCAUUAAUAAAAUGACCAUCUGAAAGGAUUUUUCACACUAAAGAGCCCAAUACAGGGCUGGAGCUACACCAUUGAGGACACUGAGGUCAUGCUCUCUGUACCAUUUCAGCAGAUUUUGAAAGUUGCUGAAUGGAGAUGGUUACUCUCAAGUUAAAAACCAGUGUGCAGUGUGGAGCAGGCUAGUUAGUUGUUGGGUUGCACCAGCUGUUAAAGGUGCAAUGUGUAAGAUGUGUAGAGACUGGUGGUGUCACAGAGAUAUCUUCUGAAAUGACAACGCUUACUCGGCCCGCCCCUCACCUGAUGGUGGCGAUAGGGGCAUAAUAUUAGAAACUCCAGCACUGGGAGGCAGCGCGCCGCCCUGGGUCUAUCCAGUGUUACGGCUGCAGAUUUCCAAGGCUGAAGUUUUGAAUUUUGCACAUUUUAUCUGCGCUGUCAGUGCAGGUUUGAUAUGAAAGGCUGCCCCCUAUUUCCUUGGAGUAUGUCUUACACAUUGUACCUGAGGUCCAAACUUUGACGUAGCUUUAAAAAUCUUCAAUUCUGUUUUCUUACCACUCGUAAUGACAACAUAUUUCACAGAUGGCUGUUCUGUUUCAUUUGAUUGUUGUGGUUCUUUUUACACUCCUUACAUGCAUGAUGGCUCCUCAAUAGUUCUUUCUUGUGUGCAGUAUUGCUAGUUAUGUGUAGCAUAUUAUUGCAGUAACUCUUAAUUGAUGAUUGUUUUAGUCUGAACAGUAAUUCUGAUCUGUUCUUUAUGUUCAGAUAUUAAAUAUACAUACAUUUAUUUUAGUCAUGGUACAGUGAAUGAUGCAUGAUCUUUUCAUUCAGUUUUCACUCUUUGCAUACAUUUUUUUUUUUGUUUUGAGAAAAAUGACACCCCGUUUUCAAACUCCUGCCUUAAAUCUUUGUCCUGUCGUUGUCUCUGGGGUUUCUUGGUGUUAUUCCAAAGCCCAAAAUGUCCCUCCAAGAGAACUAUAUGUGCUGUUCUGGAAAUAUUAUUUAAUUGCAAUUGUGUCGACAAAAAAUAAAUGUUCAUAUUGGAGUACUUGGUUAGCCG